AUGGCACCCGCAAAGAAGAAGCAGCGGCUGUCGAACGGUAGUGCUGCUCCUGUAGAAGCAGUGCAUGGCGACAGCGAACCACAAGAAGCAAAGGAAAAAGCCGCGGAGAAGCCAGACCAACGCCGCUCGCUCUUCGUCCGCUCGCUACCACCAAACGCAACUUCAGAGUCCCUCACCGAGCUCUUCUCCGAGUCGUACCCAGUCAAGCAUGCCACAGCAGUCAUCGACUCAGCUACAAAGCAGUGCAGAGGCUACGGUUUCGUCACAUUCGCCGAUGCGGAGGACGCAGAACGAGCACGAGCCGAGUUCAACGGGCACACCCUCGAUGGUCGCAAGCUGCGGGUAGAGCUCGCAGAGCCCCGCCAACGUGAUGCUGAGAAGAAAGGCAAAGACCCCGCCGCGGUAGUCAAGAGCCAACGACAGCAAGACAUACCACAGCCUUCGCGACUCAUUGUGCGAAAUCUGCCAUGGACGGUCAAGAGCUCUGAUGAUCUGGGCAAGCUGUUUCUAAGCUACGGAAAAGUAAAGCAGGCGUACAUUCCCAAGCAGAAGAAUGGAUUGCUGGCUGGGUUCGGAUUCGUGGUGUUGAGAGGGAGGAAAAAUGCUGAGAAGGCUCUAGAAGGUGUGAAUGGGAAGGAAGUUGAUGGGAGGACGCUUGCUGUUGACUGGGCGGUGAGCAAGGGUGAAUACGAGAAGCUACUGAAGAAGGGCGGGGAUGCGGACGAGGAUGCGGACGAGGAUGGGGUGGAGAAAGCUGAUGAAGGCCAGGAUGUUGAUGGUGAAGAUGAGCAUUCAGACGAAAGUGAGAUUGACGGCGACGAUGCGGAGAAGGUGCCAGGCGAAUCAGACGGCUUCGAGGACUUUGACGAAGACGCUGAUGUCGAUGUUGAUAUGAACGACGACGAGGAAGCCGAGACUGACGGGGACAAGUCUGAGGAUCGCUCGUCCACUCUGUUCGUGCGCAACCUUCCAUUUACGUGCACAGACGAGGAUCUCGAAGAUCACUUCUCAGCCUUCGGCGCUACCAGGUAUGCACGAGUGGUGAUGGACGCGAUCACUGGUCGAUCAAAAGGCACAGGAUUUGUCUGCUUCUACAACAAGCCAGAUGCCGACGCUUGCAUUCGAGCUGCGCCGAGACGGACACUGCCAGCUACUCCAAACGAUGCUAAGGAUAGCAAAACCCUUCAAGCACCAAACUCGAUCCUUCAGAACGAAGACGCCGACCCAUCAGGACAGUACACAAUGGACGGCCGAGUGCUGCAAGUCUCGCAAGCACUCGACAAGUCGUCUGCAGACCGUCUGACCCAGGAGGGCGCCGCCCAUCGACACAAGAGCAAAGAAGACAAGCGACGUCUUUACCUGCUAUCUGAAGGCACGAUCUCAACAAAAUCAAAACUGUACGAAAAGCUCUCACCGUCAGAGCGCAAUAUGCGCGAAGCCAGUGCGAAGCAGCGAAAGCAACUCAUCGAAAGCAACCCCUCCCUUCAUCUCAGCCUAACCCGCCUCUCCAUUCGGAACAUCCCGCGAAGCAUCGGCUCGAAAGAGCUCAAAGCGCUUGCGCGUGAAGCCGUGGUCGGGUUUGCGACAGAUGUCAAAGCCAGCACCAGAGAACCACUCUCGAAAGAGGAGCUCUCUCGCGGUGGCGAAGAGAUGCAAGAAGCCGAGAAAGCUCGGAAGAAAGCGGGCAAGGGCGUGGUGAAGCAGGCGAAAGUCGUGUUCGAGGGCCAAGGCGGGAGUAAGGUCAGCGAGGACACUGGUGCAGGUAAAAGUAGAGGUUAUGGGUUCAUUGAGUACUACACUCAUCGUAAUGCGCUUAUGGGGUUGAGAUGGCUGAACGGACAUGCUGUUGGAUAUCAGGUGAAGGACAAUUCGAAGGCGAAAGCUGCUGCGAAGGAGGAAAUACAGGAUCGGAAGAAGAGGCUGAUUGUGGAAUUCGCGAUUGAGAAUGCACAGGUUGUCAUGCGAAGGAAGGAUAACGAGGUGAAGGCGAGAGAGCGCAGUAAGGCGGUUGAGCGCGGAGAGCUGCCUCUCCAUCAGCCUGUUGAGGGUGAAGAGGAUAGUGGGUCACGAAAGAAGAAGAAGAAGGGGUCGCUCAAGCGGAAGCGUGAUGACGAGCGCAGUGAGGACUCCACCAAACGACCGCGGCGGCCACGCGAGAACGGAUCUGAGAAGGGCAAGCCAGGACGACAGAGGGAUCGCUUUGGCAUGAUCAGACGAGGGACCGGGAAGGGGGUUGAAGGUGACAAGGGCGAUAAGGCAGUGCCGAAUGGCGGUGCCGAGAAGAAGGAGAAGAAGGUCGUCGAUGAGAAGCUAGUGAAGAGGAACCAGAUUAUCGGGCGGAAGCGGGCAAUGCGGAAAAAUCGGGCUGGAGGCAGCAAGUAG